GCGCGUUCAGACAGCAAUAUUACUCGCUAUUCGGUCGUAUAAUCAUGUGAGGCUUUACCUGGAAUUCAUUUUUUUUGUUAUCACGGCUGUUCGAUAUGCAGAUAGGCUAUUGUUACGGACUAACGUCAUUAAAUGAUUGACUAAUACAAAGGCGUAGCUUGAAGAACCUGUCUGAGUUCGAAUACAUAGGUGACAAGAUCACAUAUACUAAGUAUCCUACCAGCGCCUCCAGUUAGCUUGCCGCCACCAUCAAUCACUCCGCGUCAAACAUGAGAUUCGACGGAGGAUAGGGGGGAUACUAUGAUGAGUUUAACUUUCAUCUCCACUGCAGCCCAUUGUCCAUUCAUGUCUUCAGGCCGACACACGAUGCAAGUACCAAUGAACGGUGCUGGUCCGAUCAUCCGUCAACAGCGCCUAGACUCAACUGCUAUGCUCCAAAAUAACGAAGCGUCUGAGUGUGGCGAUAUUCUGGAUGUAUUUUGGCAUACGAGUUGCUGGACGUACUGCGGCAUUCUCUGCUCGUCCAUCGUUGCUUGCUAUCAGGGUAGCAGCUUUUGGACCUUGUACGAUGACAAAGUCAUUUGUGCUAGCAUUCCUAAUAGUGCCAUUCUUAUAGUCGAAUCGGAGUCAAGAUACAUGUGGUCCGAGUUUGCCGACGACAGUGGUGUCGAGACGAUUCUCGAGUUCAACGGACUUCGCAUGAACUUCGCAUGCACAAUGGAGAUGGGCAUGCGGCAGGCGAAAAUGCAGAAUUGGGGUGGCGCCAAGUUGUGA